AUGGCUUCUUUAAGAAUUUCUCGCUCAAUUCUCCCCAGAACCCCUCGUAGGUUCGUGGCGCUGCCCCGCUUGCCCCACCAUGUCUCUUUGCCUGGAGUGAGACACAAUUCAGCUGCCGCAGCUGCAACCGCGCAUUCCUUCGUUGAACAGGAUCACCACCAUCAUGAUAACCAUCAUCACCACCAUCCGUCCGCCACUGUCUCAAUCCCCCCAAUCAAACCAUUGGAGACUCCUCCUAUUCUCCGCGGGAAGGUCAGUCCGGAGAAGAUCGUGGCCCCGGAACUCAACCAUCUCAAACAGCAGAUUCAAAUGCUCUGCUCAACUAAUAUCGGGGGACUCGACCUGACUUCAAAGUACUACCUCGAGGCCAACGGAAAGCUUUUCCGUCCCAUGGUUAUUUUCCUCAUGUCUAGGGCAACUGCUGUGGCUCCCAAGAAAGAUGGCUGGAAGAUCGUGAGUGCCGCUUUGGAGAGAACAUUUAACAACCCAGUGGCUCCUGCGGGGAUUCUCCAUGAUCUCAACCCAGACUUCGCAUCUCUUUCGUCUAAAUUGAUGCCCGUUGACAUCCUUGGAGGCCCAGGCCAAGGUGUUCAAGUCCUCGGAACACAACGCCGUUUAGCAGAAAUUGUUGAGUUGAUUCACACUGCAACUCUUCUUCAUGACGACGUCAUCGACCAUGCAGAGACUCGGCGUGGUAAGCCAUCUGCCAAUGUUUUCAGCGGCAACAAACUUUCCAUCCUCGCAGGCGAUUUCAUGUUGGGUCGUGCAUCAGUCUAUCUUGCCCGUCUUCGUGAGCCAGAAGUUAUUGAGCUUCUUGCCGAGGUCAUCUCUGAGUUAGUUAAGGGAGAGUUGUUCCAACUUCAAAACACCGGGACCGACUACAAUUCACCCGAUUACCUCAAAGAAUCUCUCGACUACUAUCUCGAGAAGACAUACUUGAAAACCGCGUCGCUCCUUUCAAAGUCUUGCCGCGCUGCAGCAGUUUUGGGUGGUACUACCGAUGAGGUCUCAGAGGCGGCCUAUAUCUAUGGAAAGAAUUUGGGGUUGGCCUUCCAGCUUGUUGACGAUAUCCUCGAUUACACUAGCUCCAGUGAGGAGAUCGGGAAGCCUGCAAGUGCAGAUCUUGAGCUUGGACUCGCAACAGCUCCGGUAUUUUAUGCAUGGGAGGAAUUUCCGGAACUUGGACCUAUGAUUGCUAGACAAUUUUCUGAACCUGGUGAUUCUGCUAGGGCCCGUGAGUUGGUUCACAAGAGUCAAGGUAUCCAAAAGACCAGAGAUCUCGCUCGAUCUUUCUGUGAAACUGCCCGCCAAGCUAUUUCUAUCUUCCCCGACACCGAGGCCCGAGCUGGUCUGGAUGAGAUCCUCAACAAGGCUCUUGGCCGCAAGAAAUAA